AUGGAAAGCUAUAGAAAUGUCUCAGAAUUCAUUCUUCUUGGACUUUCUUACGGCCACAAUCUACAAAUAUUCUGCUUUGUCCUCUUCUUACUCUGCUAUAUUACCCUGUUGGCAGGAAACUUUCUGAUUCUUAUCUCCGUCCAGUGCAGCCCUCUUUUUAACCAACCAAUGUAUUAUUUCCUCAUCCACUUGUCCUUAAUAGACGUAUGCUACACCUGCACAGUCACACCUAAAUUUAUUGGUGACUUAUUAGUGGAGAGAAAGACCAUUUCCUACAGUAACUGCAUCUUACAGGUCUUUACCAUGCACUUCUUUGGAGGUAUCGAAAUCUUCAUUCUUACUGUCAUGGCUUAUGAUCGCUACGUUGCCAUUUGCAAACCCCUUCACUAUAUGCUUAUCAUGAACAGGACAAGGUGCAACCUCCUGGUCCUCACGACCUGGGUUGGUGCUGCUGUUCAUGCCUUUCCUCUCUUAAUAAUAGCAAUCAAUUUACCCUUCUGUGGUCCAAAUGAAAUUGAUCAUUAUUUUUGUGAUAUCUUUCCUUUACUUAAGCUUGCCUGCACUGAUACCUACAUCAGUGGCAUCCUCAUCAUUGCCUUUGCAGGGAUACUCUCCUUAGGAACCUUCGUUGUAUUAUUUUUGUCUUAUGGGAUUAUAUUAUUCACUUUAAGAAAUCAGUCAGCUGAAGGAAAACGCAAAGCAUUAUCUACCUGUGGGUCUCAUAUAACGGUGGUUAUCUUAUGUUUUGGACCUGUGAUCUUUAUCUACCUUAGGCCUCCUACUACUUUUCAUGAGGACAAAAUAUUGGCGUUAUUUUACACCAUUAUUACUCCUAUGUUCAACCCUCUAAUCUAUACUCUGAGAAAUACUGAAAUGAAAAAUACACUGAGGAAAGUUUGGUGUCAAACAUUGCUUUCGAAAGAAUCACCCAAUUAG